AUUACGCAAUGGCUUAGAAGGCAGUGCUUUGCUACAUAAUUACAGAGCCAAUCUGUAUUAGGACCAGGAGUUUGGAUGCCUCUUUCCGUACCAACUAUAUGCCUCCCACCCACUUAAGCCUCCUCCCCAACACUCUUGUUUAACAGCUUAUUUUUGUAUGGUUCUUUCCCCUGGUUGCUGUUUUUCUUCUCUUUCCUAUGCUACAUAUUUGUUUAUUUCAGAAGUGAGGAAUCUGACUGAGUCAUGCCUGCGCGGAUUCCUAUGCAGCACGGAACACUUGCUGCGUGUUGAAUCGUCAGAAGAGGAGUCUCAGGGAUUCACACAGUUGGACUUUAUUGAAUCAGGCUGCAUCUGCCAAACAAUCUAGCCUGCAUUUUGGCUUGCUAGACAUCAACCAGGAUUUUUCCGACUAGAUCUUCUUUUGAAAAAAGAUGCAUGGCAUAGAAAGAAGGUCUAAGUGCCUGUCUGAGCCUAUUUUAUUGAACCUGGGAUAAAUGUUACUUCUUAAAGGUACUGUUGUGUGAUUUACCAUGGAAAAGUUGCUCUGCAGCAUCCUGAUCUUUGGAAUGGCUGUCACGGUCAACGCUUGUCCCAAAUACUGUGUCUGUCAGAACCUGUCUGAGUCACUGGGGACUUUGUGUCCUUCCAAGGGUCUCCUUUUUGUACCGCUAGACAUAGAUCGAAGGACUGUUGAACUCCGACUUGGGGGCAACUUUAUUAUUAAUAUCAGCCGACAGGAUUUUGCUAAUAUGUCUGGACUUGUUGACCUUACUUUGUCCAGAAACACCAUCAGUUACAUACAGCCUUAUUCCUUCACUGACUUGGAGAGCCUUCGGUCUUUACAUCUGGACAGCAACAGGCUGCCUGACAUUGGAGAGGAUAUUUUGAGAGGUUUAAUUAACCUUCAGCAUUUGAUUUUAAACAACAACCAGCUAAGCAGCAUCUCUGAUGAAGCCUUUGAGGAUUUUUUGCUGACACUGGAAGACUUAGACCUUUCCUAUAACAACCUCCGAAGCAUUCCAUGGGAAUCUAUAAGGAAGAUGAUAAACUUGCACCAGCUCAGUUUGGAUCAUAACCUGAUAGAUUAUAUUACGGAGGGGACGUUUGCAGAUCUUCAGAAAUUGGCCAGACUGGAUCUAACAUCCAACAGACUUCAGAAGCUCCCUCCUGACCCUAUAUUUGCGAGAUCUCAAGUAAUUCCAUUAGCUGUUACCCCAUUUUCUCCACCUUUGUCUCUGAGCUUUGGGGGCAACCCACUGCAUUGCAACUGCGAGCUACUCUGGUUAAGGCGACUUGACAGAGAUGAUGAUAUGGAAACCUGUGCUUCUCCUCCAGGUUUGAAAGGAAGGUACUUCUGGUAUGUGCGGGAGGAAGAAUUCGUUUGUGAGCCUCCUCUUAUUACACAACACACUCACAAGUUGCUGGUUUUAGAAGGGCAAACCGCCACUCUGAAAUGUAAAGCUAUUGGGGAUCCGACACCCAUCAUUCACUGGGUGGCCCCUGAUGACCGUCUCAUCGGGAACUCUUCAAGGACAGCUGUCUAUGACAAUGGCACCUUAGAUAUCCUUAUUACCACCUCCAAGGAUUACGGGACUUUCACAUGCAUAGCAGCCAAUGCUGCCGGAGAGUCCACUGCAACGAUUGAGCUCUCAAUUGUUCAGCUCCCCCACCUCAGCAAUGGUACAGGCCGAGCAGCCCCACCAAAAUCCAGGCUCUCGGACAUCACCAGCUCCAGCAAAUCUAACCGAGGGGAAGCAAAAGGCCCACCUGAAAGGGCUGUCUUGGUAUCAGAUGUGACCACUACCUCAGCUUUGGUCAAAUGGACAGUGAGCAAAUCAGCCCCUCGGGUAAAAAUGUAUCAGCUGCAGUAUAAUUGCUCGGAUGAUGAAGUCCUGAUCUACAGGAUGAUUCCAGCUACAAACAAAGCCUUUGUUGUAAACAACCUUGUUUCUGGAACAGGCUAUGAUCUCUGCGUCCUGGCAAUGUGGGAUGACACGGCCACGACCCUUACUGCCACCAAUAUUGUGGGAUGCGCCCAAUUCUUCACCAAAGAGGACUACCCUCAGUGCCAGUCAAUGCACAGUCAGUUCCUGGGUGGGACCAUGAUUCUAAUCAUUGGAGGUAUCAUUGUGGCAACUCUGUUGGUAUUCAUUGUAAUACUCAUGGUCCGCUAUAAGGUCUGCAACAAUUCCCAGGGGAAGAUGUCUAAUGUCAGCAAUGUCUACUCACAGACAAAUGGAGCACAACUGGUUCAGAAUGGAGUCUUGCCCCAAGUCAACCCCAAAGUGGUGGUGAGAAAUGAACUUAUGGAGUUUAACUGUCAGUCUGCACGGAGCAGCAUCUCCUCUUCCUCCAGCUCUGCAAAUAGCCGUGACUGUGAUGACUAUAGCCUCCAAAGUGAACAGGGCACAUUGUCCAGUAAGUGGAGGCCCCCUUCCAGAUCGAAACACAAUAUUGAUCGGCUAAUGGGAGCUUUUGCCUCCCUGGAACUGAAAUGUCAGAAAAAGGAGGAGAUGACAGACUCCAGAACUUCCACAGUGGCCCACCACUCGGACAAAGAGCCACUUCUGGGCCAACCGGAGUCCAAGUUUCGCAGCCUCCUCAUGUUGCCUCUGGAGGGCAAAACUAAACGUAGCCAUUCUUUUGACAUGGGGGACUUUGCCACAUCUCAGUGUUGCACCUACCCAAAAAAGAUAACAAACAUUUGGACAAAGAGGAGCCUCUCGGUGAACGGCAUGCUUUUGCAGUAUGACGACAAUGACUUAAGAGGGGCAAAAGGGACUUUUGGGAGUUCAGAAUGGGUAAUGGAAAGCACAGUGUAAAUAUCAGUGUCUCCCCUGCUCCUCCUGUAUUGUAAAGCAUGGUUUGCUACAGGGCCAUGCAUUUGGAAAGAGAGGGAAAGAAAAGUUUUCAGCUGUACUGGCCAAAAAGAUAGGUAAGCAAGUAAGUAACAGGGAUACUAAAAGAGAAAGAAGGUCAUGAAAUGUGAAUAGGCACGUAUGGCACCAUUCUUGUCUGGCCCCAACUAAACCAUGUGUGAAUGUUUCAAGGAAUUUGCUAGUUGUACUUAGCAUUACUUUCCAAAAGUUACUCAGACUCUUGGUGAACUGUCACACAAGAUUAAAUAAGGGGGGGUGAAAAGAGGUUUAACAGCACAAAAUGAGUUUUACAGGUUUUUUGUUGUGUUUUACUUUUUUUUUUUUUUUGAAGGAGACUUCUUUCUUUUUUUUUAACCACAGAAAUACACUUCUGUGGAUAUAAGACUGGUGCUAGGAUAUAUCUGGUUGUCAUUGCAAGUGACUUUCUCAAAAGUGCAGGCAGGGCAUCCACAGGGACAGAUCAGAGCAAAUUGUUCAACAUAAUCUCAUGGUGUUAACUGUGACAUCUGGGAAAAAAAAUUCUUUUUGUUGAGUGGAGUUUCAGUUAGAAUUUAAUGAUUUCUGUUCUGUUUCGCCUUGUUAUUACCUUUGAGUUGUUUUUUUCUCUACAGCAGAAAGUGUAUUUCCAUGCAUUGUUUGUUUUCAGUCUCAUGAAAUUCCCCAGAUGAAAGGAUGACGUGUACAAAGGUCAAAUUUAUGAUGUACUGUAUAACCCACCUUCAAUACCAACUAUUUAUAUCCUAUGAAAAAUUCAAUCUAGGGGCUAAUAAAUUUGAAAAAAAAAAUUUCCUCCACCUUCUUCAUAGUCUGCUUGUUAAUGCUGAAGGCAGAUUGCAGCAGCCAUUGAUAUCUUGUAGGCGUGUUGCUAUCAAAGAAGGGAAAAACAGUGAUCAAGAAUUCCUAUUAAAGGAUAAAGAAAAGGAAACAAAAAUUACUGUCAUGAAAUCACCACAUUAAGAAUACCAGUUGCUUCUGGCAAAGGUCACACUGUCACUCCUUUCAACUGGCAAAGAAAACACAGACUUCCACUCAGUUAUGACAAAAGCUCUUUGUACAGUCACCAUGAUGCGGCUUGACUGUAUCAGUAGCAUCACAUGAAAUGUAAGUUUUAGUGUAUUUCAGGGGAUAGGGUAUGUUCUCAAUUAGCCACGGAAAUAAAAUUAAAUUUGGAUGUCUCAGAGCAGGGGUCUCCUGUGUGUGCCCUGCAUUACAGAUAGCCCUUCCCCAGUCCCCUGCUUAACCCGCCCCCCCAUCUCACACCCUCACUAAGGUACUUGCUAACUAAGAACAGGAACUGUUUGGGGCUUGUAAACUGAUUCUCAAAUUAGUUUUUGGGGAGCAUUGCUGUGGUUGUGGAAAUGCACAUGGCUCACCCAGCUGACUUCAUUGUCCUUGACGACUUUACUGUGAUUUCCAGCAUUCUGGUGGAUACUGCAACUGUCCUUUCAUUUGUUUGUUGAUUUAUUUGUUGGGUCCCAAAGAUCAGCUGCUGGGAACCAUUCUGAAAUUGCACAUUGUUACUAUAAUUUUGUAGAACAUACAUGGAGAAGGGGUGCAAGGCACAGAGAAAAUAACACAUGAAAAAACUCUAUGUAUAUUUUUUUUAAAGGUGCAGAGAUAUAUUGUGACAUGGCUGUGUACUUGAUCUUGUAUUUGUCACGUUUCCUACUUGGAGUUUUAGAAAAUGACAUCCCUGUGAUCAGAAUAUUUUUCCUUUAUUUUCUUUUUUUCUUUUUUUUUUUUUUUUUUUGCUACAAAAUGUACAGUAAAAAACAUUCUUGGGGAAAAGUA